GUCUCAUCUUCUAUUUCAUCAGUUUAUUGAUUGUUCUUAUCAAUUAGAACCUGAAAACAAAAUGGAGGACGAGGAUGAGCAUCAGGACGAAUUUCCCACGACCUCUUCCAAGACCAAGAGAAGAAAAGUGGCGGGACCUGCUGCAAAGGAUGGAGACGCUGAAGAUGAGUCUACUCGGUUGUUGGACAACCUAGGAAAGGCGUCUUCUUCUAGUACAACCCGGAACAAAGGGGCUGCAGCAGUUGAUAGACUGCUGCCUCCUGACGAGGACGAGGUCGAAGACGAUUAAGGGUAGGUUAAAGGUGCUUUUGUUACCGUUUGUUAUGGGUCUCCUAAGGGGGACAGCCAUAACAAGCGGGAGAACCCACGAACACCAAAAAGCUACCUCUAAGACGAGGUCGAAGGCGAUGCUCUCGAGGGUUCUGACGCAGUAUCUUCCGAUGAGGAGUCUACCGUAGACCCGCUGAACAUCCUUCCCUUAGAGGGUCUCGAGUAUUUGACGAUUGAGAACUUCAAGAGCUAUGGGGAGAAGAAGGUGAUUGGUCCGUUUCAGCGAUUCACAUGCAUCAUCGGUUCGAACGGGUCUGGAAAGAGCAAUGUCAUGGACGCUCUGUCAUUCGUACUUGGUGUUAAUACCAAGGUUUUGCGCAGUAACAACCUGAAGGAGUUGAUCCAUCGGAAGAUCACAGAGGACUACGAUCCAAGGGCGAAUGCGAGAAGACAAGCGAAGUUAUGGAUGGUGAAGAUGUUAAGUAUCUUACUACUUUUUAAGUAGGUAGAAGUAGGUGGCUAGUACUACCUAAGUAAGUAUCUUACUACUUAAGUAUCUUACUACUUAAGUAUCUUACUACUUAAGUAUCUUACUACUUAAGUAUCUUACUACUUAAGUAUCUUACUACUUAAGUACUUAAGUAGAAGUUAGUAGGUGGCUCGUCUUGACUCUCAUUCUAUCACCUUCACCGGUCUCUUCUUUGUGAGUGUUGCUAGGAGUCGUUUUGGUUCGUGUCGUACUCCUCGUGCUUGAGGCUUGUUUAUUACGGAGGUAAGAGUAAUCUAUCACUACCACUAGGUACUAGCCUUCUUCAUGGGAAGCUGAUCCUCUAAGCACAGUCGUCUCUUGUUCUAUCACUUGGUACUAGUUGGAAGUUGAUCUUCUAACCACAGUCUCCAUGAUCUUCAAGCGCGCGACACCAGAGGAGAAGGCAAGAGCGGCGCAUGAGCCUUCUCAGAGAGCUAGUACAGGGAUGGCGCCACUGGGCAAGAAGGCAAAAACGGAACCACAAGAAGCACCCGGAGAAGACUCGUCCUUUAAGCGUCGCACGAAAUUCACGCGCACUAUUUCGAGGGCAGGGGUUGGAAAUUACUAUCUGGACGACAAGGCAGUCGAUGCCGCUGUUUAUCACCGGGAGCUGGAGAGGAUCAACAUUUUGAGUAAAGCGCGGAACUUCUUGGUUUUUCAAGGCGAUAUUGACGGGUUGACGCGAAAACAAGGUCAGGAGCUGACGAAGUUCUUCGAGCAGAUUUUAAGAGUGCUUGUUUUUUCAGAAGGUACAAAGAGGCAGCUCAAGGACCUCCUUAUUACUUGACCAUGUACUCAUCAGAUGUACUUACACGACAUGCUUUCAGAAGGUACAAAGAGGCUGAAGGACGGUCAUCAUGAACGGUGGCAACAGGGACAGCAGCAUGCAUGAAGGACCUCCUUACUACUUGGUCAUGUACUAGUUCCCGAGGUAACAUGACAUGACACUACGACUACACAUGCAUAGCUUUCAUUGAUGUUGUGUUAAUUUCUAUUACUCACUCGUAGGACCAAGGACUCACUCGUGGGACUGUUUUUAACCAGGAUCCCCCACACAACCAUACAACCACCUCUAAAGCGCAGUGGUAGCGACUACUAUCGAGAAGAGUGCGAGAAACUGUUACGCGAGAAGCAGCAGGCAGAGGAGACAGCACGACUCAAGUUUACGGAGAAGCGUGACGCGCUGGAGAGAGAGGUUUGAUUUUUUUCUUCUUAGCAUGAUGCGGCGUAUCCAUAAUUUAAAUUUCCAUUUAUAUAAUGUCAUCUCAGCUUCUCUGGAGAGUCAAAAUAUGCCCUGCCAAAUGAGCAACUGCGCGCGAAAUGUUUCAUAUCAAGAAUUUCAUAAAUCCCUCUCCACCUCCUUCUCCUUCUCCGUCCACAGAAAAACGUCGAACGGCAAGCAAUGGACGCACAGGAAUACAUGGAUAUCAAGAAAAAGAAGGACGCACUGAAGCAAGAGCAAGGCCUUUUCCAGCUUCAUGUGAUGCAGGGGGUUGUCCGCAAAAAGGAAGGAGAGGUUUUAGAGGUAGCGAAGCAACUGUCUGAGUUGGCUGAUAAAUUUAAGGGUAAAUGUAGAUAAGUCGUUACUCACUAUAGUUUCUUUGGUCAUGUAUGUGUAAACAAGAAGGUGACCUAUCUUUGGGUGGCUUAGGCUUGCGUUUACGACGAAUUUUCAAAGUAGGCAAGUCCGAACAACUAGAGAGAAAUUUAAAGAAGGCAUCAAGUCAUUCAGAAGUUAUCAACUUCAACCACGGAUAGUUUUAUAAUCAACCACGCCGGAUAUUACUAUUAGUUGUGAUUGACUGGCGCUAAUAAGUACAGGGAAGAAUUCGCGGAAGCUAAAAGGAAGGAGGACGACAAGAACAUCAAGGUUAUGGAAGUCGGCCGACUGCAGUUGACCCAAGACGAAGCCAAGAAAGUUCUAACGAAAGCGACAACGGCGCACAAGAAGAAUAUUAAGGCUCCUGGUAGUUGUUCACCUUCACCUUCACUAAUAUCCCUAGAAGCUAAUGUUCACUAUCAAUCCUGAGUUGAAGGCGUCCCUCCCUUGAUUUGAAGGCGCAAAAAGGGCAACUCACUCAUUGAUAGGGAGUAGAAGUGAAAAACUAGCGUUAAGAAUACGGACGAAGAGGAGAAGAUUAAGGAUAGACUUGGAGCGACGUACGAAUCGGCGGAAAACAUGCAAACCAAGCGACAAGUUCUGAACAAUCAGCUUGCUGUUAUGACUUGAAAAAGAUGACGUCAUUCUCUCUCAUGGUUCUUGUAAUAUUGAAACGAGUAGGUUUUAUCUUGACGGUCUCGACGUCAUACCUGUUCUUCUUGAGUGGUUCCAGUAUUAUUUGGUAACCUGAAUUCGAUCACAAGGAUUCUCUUCGUGUUUUCCCUUAUGAUCAAAACCAGGCUACCGAAUACCAGAGCAGUACGACCGUUUUUGGCUCAUCCUUCAUCUACUAUAAUAUCCAGUUUACCUAAAUGUCCAGUUCAACAUCCACACCUCGACUAGUCACAGUCACGACUUCAAGCACCAAAGUAGUUCAAGUUAGUACUCCUAUGUAUCAAUCUCUCUAAUCUCAAAAUGGCUUCCGAGCUGGAAACUAUCAAGACGCAGAAGGGGGUGAUAGAAAAAAACAUCGAGACCUUGGAAACAGAUAUGUGGACUGCCGAUCAGCGCGCGAUCUACAAUGAAACGCUAGCCCAAUCGGAGAUGAAUAAUACUUAUGAAGAACUACAAAGGGCACUGAUGCCGACAGAAUGACUCACAUUCAAACCUAAGUAAACAUCCCGAAGAUUUGAUCUUGCCAUCACGCUACAAGAAGACUGGGCUUCACAUUAUAGUCUACAUUCUAAUCCCCAGGUCUCACGGAUAAAAUUAACAACUCUCUAGACUACUUACUCUUCUAAUCCGCAGGUCUCACGGAUAAAAUCAACAAGACGAAAAGGGAACUAGAGGAGACACAGCGCAAUCGUAGCGAGGUAGAAGGAAACGAGUCACAGCACCAAAGAAAGACCGACCGUGUGCGAGCGCGUGCAUUAUGAGCUGCGAGACAAAUUUUCUACUUACUUAAACUUAUCAUCUUCUAUUAUAAUAUGAUCGUGUUCCUGUUCGUGUCUCUGUUAAUGCUACUAGAUGCACUUGUAAGAAGUCCAAGCAUACAUAGGGUCAACACGAUGUGCAUCUACAACUUUUCUCAUCUCGAUCUCGUCCACGUCAAGGUCAACCCUGUUUUCAUCCAAAGAAAAGGAGAAGAAUGAUGUGGACAAGCUCACUAGCAAGAUAAACAACCUGGAGGCACACGAUCCAGCUGCGCACCUGCAGAUCGUCAUCCCGAAGCUGAACAGCUUAAAUUAUGUGAAAAGCUCUUCUUGCGUCUAUUUUUCGACGAGAAGGAAGGUAGAUGUAGAUCAUCUUCUGCAAUGAAAGAAUUUGGUGUCUAAUUACAGGAGAAAUAUGCGGAGGUGAAGAAGAGACUUGCCAAGUUGGACGAAAAGGUAGACGAGGAGAAGGACAACCGUUACCAAAAGAAUUUUCAAAAUUCGCAACUACAGACAAUCAAAAGCCUCAUGGAGAGGUUUCCAGGUACUUGAUUUUCUUGGUUGUAGAUACAGACGCUUCGACGACGUACACGUAGUUGUACACGCACUCUUCAAUAUCAGUUGUACAUCAAGGUCCUAGAAGACCUAGCCAUAAUGAUGUGAACAAGGAACAACAAGAACUCACUUGCAACCUUAACAAGUUCCACGUGGUCCACGCAAAAAUAUCAGGUGCUGUGUACGGUCGAGUGAUGGACCUGGUAAAACCGACACUGAAGGAGUACGGCGUAGCGAUUACUACUGCUAUAGGGAUGAAGAAUUGCCAGACUGUAGUCGUAAAGGACCAAGACGCAGCGCGACGCUGCGUCCAGUUUCUCAUUAUGAAAGUGAAUGAGAUUGUCCAGGUUCUUGUAGCGAUGCUACAUAAGCAAGAGCAGACUCAAGAGUAUGAUACUUUGAAUCGAAUAGCGAGCUCGACUUAAUCAUGAAUGUGGAAGUUUAAGUACUAGAGAUGAAAGGGAAUGUUUGAAAAGCCUCGCAUUUUGUGAUUGUGCGUAGUCGAGGAGUUCUCAGAAUUUUCUUCGUUCUAAUUUCCAAGACCACGAUCGAGGUCAGAUGAGUUUUCUACCGUUGGAGGGUUUCCGAGCGCCACGAACGCAAAGCGCAACUCAAGGUGAAGCAAUGAGAAAGCUGAAGAAUUGCAAGCUGGCAUUGGACUGCAUCGAUUACCACAAAGACUACGCAAUCGUUUUCCAGCACUUUCUGAUUAUGGUGGACGAGGUUGUAAUUUGUGCUAGUACAACAUGAUGUACAACUUGUUGUAAUUCUUGCCAUAUCUUCUAUCGUUUGUCACGUAAACAUUAUGAGAGAGUAGCAUAUAAUUCAUCUCACUCAAUGAGUACUGUGAGUCAUUGUACUUGUCGACGCCAAAAAAGUAGGAUGCCCUAACAAUACAAACUUCUUCUAACCUUUGCAACAGCGUUAUUUGCCAAGACGUGGACGUCUCCCGCGAUGUGAAAUUCACCCAGGGCAAAAAGUUGAAACUGCUGCAUUUGAAGGUCGUUACUUACCACGGUCAAAUGAUCCGCGAAAACGGGAAUAUGGUCUUCGAUCCACAGUUACGAUGGGGAUGAAUUUUAAUUAGCAGUGUUCCUCUGCCUAAGGUACUAAGUAUUUCUUGCCUAGAUGAUCCACCAUUUCCAAGUCCUCUACUAAUUUUGUUCCACCGCGUCUUUAUUAAUAAUUUCCCUUAGACUUAGACCUCGUCUCCCAGAGGACCCUCCCGCGAUUCCGUAUGCUAUCUUUCCACUCCAUUUCAUAGCCAAGCAAUUCUUCGCAGAUUGUCUCCUUUUUGUUCUCCCUAUCGUCCCACACCCACCACCCUUCAUAGGCAAGCAAUUCUUUGCAGAUUGUUUUUAACGAGCUCGAGAUUGAACAAGCGAAGACGGAACGCGACGACCUAUCCCGCGCACUCACAGGCCUCGAGCAAGAGAUUGGGUCGGUUAUCAACGAAAAGCGGAAACUUGAGUUAUGUUGACCAUUCACGACCCUAAGUAAUUAUGAGAAGCAUCUGAAAGUGAAUAAAGAUGGUUGCCUGUUGACACAUGAUAUGGUCACUCAAGAUGCCACAGAAGUGACACUCAUGAUACUCAGCUUGAUUUGGAUGUCACUUUCUUUUAUGAAUGGUUCCGGUAUUUGGUAACCUGAAUUUGAUCAUAAGGGAAAACAAGAAGAGAACCCUUAGGAUCAAACUCAGGUUACCAAAUACCAGAACCAUACACUUUAUACUUCUUGUGUCUUACACGUACAACCAUGACAACUUGUUUUUUAGGCUCAUCUACCGCAUCAACUUCAGCACGGCUUUUUCCUAGCUCGUUUCAUUCUUUGAAGAAAGUACCAAGCGGGAGGCUAAUAUCGAGCACGCGAGGAGGCAGCUCCAUUUGGCGAACGAGGUGUAUGAAAAAUCCAAAGCCGAACAAUCCGAACUGGUGCAAGAGGGGAUGACACUGUUAUGGAGCUGGCAUUCACUCAUCCACAUUCGGUCAUUGUGCUUGUUGUUCUCGUGGACCAGCUUGACUCGAAGUGUUUAUCUUCCUAAGAAAGUAAGAGAUCAUGGACUCGAACAAUACUGCAGUCGGUCGAAAGAUGGAAGCUUCUUUUGUGGGAUCAGGUUCACAAACGACGAUGGCGAGAAACACGAAGACUUUCAUUUUCUAACAUCUACAGCACAGAAAAACGCAUUAUCAGCGGAUGAGAUGGAGCUCACGAAGCAACGAGUGGAGUUGUCCGAGCAGCAGAAAAACAACGACAAGAAGCUAUGGGCGGAAGCCAGUAAAAAGAUCGGGAGGAAAACAGCGGAUGGCAAGGUGGAUGCACACGCCUAUAAUUAAGACUUCAGCAGGUGGUAACCCAUCUCCAGAAGCAUCCUGGGACUUUCCUCUAUAAGGGAAAAGGCUGUGUACGGUCGAGUGAUGGACCUUGUAAAACCGACACUGAAGGAGUACGGCGUAGCAAGCCCAGGAUGACACUCAAGAUGGAUUCAUCAUCCAGGAAGCCCUAAUAUAAGGAGGAGCAGGAUCAGAAAAUUCAUCAUGAAAAGGAACAGCUAAAAGCGCUGAGGAAGGCGUCUGAGGAUAUAGAUCACGAGACGCAAGUGAGGAAUGACGAGCUUACCAAGCUAAACGAUGCUACGUUGAAAGCCGGUAUAUAUUUACAUGUAAUUCAGCAUCGAAACCACUUUCUAUUUCGCUCGGUGUCAUCCCAUUCCAGCAUUUCUCACGUGGAGGGAUAUGGUUUCCGUUUCGCAUGUCGAAAGACAAAACAUUUUUGAUAUUCGUUCAGUGUAUGAGAUGUACUUCCUUGUUGUGGUUGUAACUAUAUAUUACCAGCAAAAAAAGCAAUCUUCUAUCCUGCUACACCCCGCUCAACAGAAAUCGCUUCUCUCGAGCACGAACACAAAGCCAUCAAGGAGAGACUUUUUGCUUCCGAGGCAGCCCUUCAAAAAGCAAAGCAAGCGGAGUACGAAGCCAGUGAAGCAACGAGAAUCGCGAAGAUGGAACUUGAGCAAUUGGCUAAUGAGCUCCAAGGUCUCGUAGAGCGAAACAAGGAAGCCACGAAGAUAAAGGAAAAACUCAUUUAUGUCAAUAUGGUUUCUUGAUGUUGGCAAGUAGAACUGAGUCUCUGAUGUUGUUAUCACACAAGAAUUUACUCGGUGAUCUUCUACUCCUUGUGAUCAUCUGUAAGAGGACUUGUUUGAAGAAAGAUCUUGCUCUAACACAAGAAACAGCGGAAGGAAGGCGACAAAACGUGCGCAGACAUGAUGCAAGCGGUUGUGAUGUUGGUCGACUCGCUUCUGAUUGAGCAUAAGACAGACAUCCCGUUGAUUCCAGACUCUGUCAGUAUCAUGCCUGGAGAAGAGGAGAAACUGCUGGAGAAGAGGGCGAACGCAGCGGAAGAAGCUCCACACCCAGGAGACGCUGUAGCGGUCCAGAAGGAAGAAGAGAAUCCCCAAGAGGCCGCGGACGAGGACGAGGACGAAGAUAAUAGAGAAAAGAAAAAGAAGAACGCAGCAAGUAAAAAGAAGAUGGGAGCCGCACCGAAAAAGAAGAUGGCAAAGAAAGCGCCCGCAGAAGAAGCGGAAGAAGAGGCACCGCUAGAGCCACCUGUUAUGCAUUUGGAGCCAUCAUCUACUUGAUCGAUUCUAACGCUCUAUUUGGAAGUUACUGUUCAAGAGGGCUGAAUGCAUGGCCUCAAUGCCGUUGGUUAAGACGGACACCGAGGUAUCAUGACAAAACGUGACAGGUUAUUUACCACAGAUAGUGGUCACCUAUUAUAAUUUCUCUCUAAGAAACCAGAGGAAGAAAAGCCCCCAGAAGAAGCCAAGGAUACAUCCAGUGCGACUGAAGAAGACAAUGAGAAGAGUCGCGCAGUGCUCAUUUUUCUCGAUUAUAAAGCGAAGAUAGAAGCCCAAGAGCUGAACGCCAACAAGCUCACGCUGGCGCAGUUCGAAAAGGUAUACAGCUAACUUUACAAAACCUGGUACUAGAGUUUGAGAAGUUUUUCUCUGUAAGAAGUAUUCAUUUUUUUGCACCUUUACGAUCAUCUCAACAACAUCAUGACGUCCCUUAUUACAUUACUGAGACUGAAGAUCUUUGCUCUCUACCUCCACAACCAUUCACACGACCAGAUGCUUCCCUGGGAUUUUUCGUUACUUGAUGACGAUAAGCGAGCAGUUACGACUCAUGAAGAAGCAGGACCAGUGAACCAGCGUUUAACAGCUGAGAUCAAUCGAUUCGACUCUUAAGGCUUGUGGUCCGCAAAAUAAUCCAUCUUGGUUGUUGCUUAGGACGGAGGCAUCGUGCCCUCGAGGACGAGGCUUUUCAAAGAGACAAGCGCAGCCUUACAGAUAUUAUUUAUGUCUCAAUAACUCAGUAGGUACAACCACCUGAAACAGGAUGCAGAUGCUUCGGGGACUUGAUGGGCGUCCUCUUACAAACUCACUCCAUAGAAAUACUGACUUUGAAAAGUCCUAGGUAAGCCUCAUUAUGUCCUUAAGAUCGAGUUCGGAAGUAUGGACUACUUAGCAACAAAAGCGACACUUUAUGGUACGCUCUAACACGGUCUUCUAUCAGCGCCUCAGUUUCAAGACCCGAAGAGGCUCUUGCGGUCUUUGGAAAAGAAGCAUCUGGUGAAGGACGAUGCGAAAGCGAAGAUGAAGGAAAGCGCCGACGCCCAGAAAGUGAAUGAUGGUUUCGAGCUUAAGUAUCUCGAAGUGAAGGAGCUGCGCCGAAAGAGGUUCAUGGAUUGCUUUACCAUAGUCAAUUAAGGCUUCCCUUAGUCCAUCUCUAUAGACAUCCCUCAACAGUAUGGAUGCGCCCCAAUAUAAGGGCAAUAGUGACGCAGACGCUUGCGGGAUCCCUACAAGGAUGAACUAGGGGAAGCUCUAAGUCAAGGGUCAGCUGGAUUCGAUUUAUAAGGAGUUGACUAGUACCGACACGCUUGAAGGUGGAAGCGCAUUCCUCGAUGUGGAAAACGAAGACGCACCGUUUGAAGGUGGAAUCAAGUACACCACAAUGCCCCCAGCGAAGCGAUUUCGUGAUAUGCAUCUUUUGAGUGGAGGAGAGAAAACGCUCGCUGCUCUCGCGCUUUGCUUCGCGGUGCAUCACUAUCAAAAGCCGCCGUUUAUUUUAUGGCAAUCUCUUCACAUCCACUAAAUUCGUGAAUUCGACGAAAUCAACAUCCAGUUGUAUUCUACUAUUCCAAGAACCCGCCACUCGUCAUGAUCCAGGUUCCUCUGUCUAGUCCAACCAAGAACCCCGUCUAAUCCGGAUCCUCGACGAAGUCGACGCCCCUCUGGACUCGUACAACGUGAAGAGUAUCCGAAGGUACCUGUCCAAAAGCAGCUUCCAGUCUAUCGUUAUUUCGUUGAAAGACGAGCUUUUCUGCCAAGCCGACGGCCUUUUUGGCGUCUACAAAGACGAAGAGAAGGAACAAAGUGGAACACUGAGCUGUCGGGAUUUUCGCCUCCCGUUUUAAGGCUGUAGCUAAUGAUCCAUCUUUCUUGGAAGCAUCCUUGAAGAAACGUCUGGGGGAGUAUCACAUUACAAGGGACUGCUUCCCCAUACUUUUCAAGGAUGCACUUGAAAGAUGAACUGCGGACAGUUCUAACCGUUGGGGGAAGACGCUGAGUGACCUCUAGAGCCAGGACUUUUUUGAUUUUUUCAUACAUUCUAAUUCUAACAUUGAUGUUGAAUCUCCAUCAAAGAUUCAAAUCUAUUCACCGUAAAUCGUAAUCACGAUGAAAGAGGAAAUUAUAAUAAGUCUUUUUUUUUUUUUGGUUCAAACAGCAACGCCCGUUGCGAUCUGCUCACCGAAUUCAAGAAGCAUUCGUAUUGUUAGUACUUGGGCUAUUCUCACAGUUGAAGAAUCGUGAGUAAAAACUCGUGAAAGUAGUGAAUGAAUGAAAGUAGUGAAACUACUUCUCCUACCCUGUGGUCCCCCGUAGGGGUACGUACACACACAGACACAACUAAUAUAUGAAAAAGUAUGUUGAUGAUAUCCAUUUUGAAUUCCAAUAUUUGUUCCACCCCGUCCAAAUCGCGCACUCGUCGCGCGGCAGUGCAUGUUCAAGUGCAACAGCCUCGGAAACGGGAACGAGGCGUUGUUGUGUCUCUCAAAUUCUUCAAAUUCUUCAAUCACACUCUCUGAAUCUGAAUGCAGACAGUUCUUUCAAGUGGAUGAUCCUUCAAAGUCCAACAAGGGAAAUAAAUAUAAUUGCC